CGCGCGCUGCCCGCGAGCCCCGCCAUGGCCGCCGCCAUCAUGGCCGCGCCCUGAGGGCACCCGCCGGCACCGCCGCCCGCAGCGACAGCACCGCCCGCAGCGCCGCCCGCCUGCCCGCCCGCCAGCGCCGACAUGGAGGCCGUCAACGCCUUCAACCAGGAGCUCUUUUCACUGAUGGAGAUGAAACCUCCUAUUUCCCGAGCAAAGAUGAUUCUCAUCACAAAAGCUGCCAUUAAAGCUAUUAAGCUCUACAAGCAUGUUGUCCAGAUUGUGGAGAAGUUUAUCAAAAAGUGCAAACCAGAGUACAAAGUCCCUGGGCUGUACGUGAUUGACUCCAUUGUUCGUCAGUCCCGGCACCAGUUUGGAACAGACAAAGAUGUUUUUGGGCCAAGAUUCUCUAAAAAUAUUACUGCCACAUUCCAGUAUUUGUAUCUGUGUCCAUCUGAAGACAAGAGUAAAAUAGUCCGUGUCCUGAACCUUUGGCAGAAAAACGGAGUAUUUAAAAUUGAAAUAAUUCAGCCUCUUCUGGAUAUGGCAGCAGGAACUAGUGCCACUGCCCCAAUGGCAGAGAAUGCUACUAACAAUGAAGGUUCGCCGCCCCCUCCGGCAAAGGUCCCCUCGGAGCCCCCUCAGGUGACUGCGAACUCAGUGCCCACCGUGCCACAGCUGCCCAGCUCCGAUGCCUUCGCAGCUGUAGCUCAGCUGUUCCAGACAACACAAGGACAACAGCUUCAGCAAAUCCUGCAGACUUUCCAGCAGCCUCAGAAGCCCCAGUCACCGGUCAUAGACAACACUGUGAUGGCUCAGGUUCAAGCUAUUACUGCUCAGCUGAAAACCACAGCAGCUCAGGCACCAGAGCAAAAAGCUGCUUUCCCAGCACCUGAGCAGAAAACAUCGUUUGACAAAAAACUUCUAGAUCGGUUUGACUAUGAUGAUGAACCAGAAGCAGCGGAAGAUGCAAAGAAAGAAGAUUCAGCUCCUUCCCCUUCAGUGUCUCAGCCGGCUUUGACCCCUCUCUCAUUCAGUGCACAGGCUGGAUGGUGCUCAAUGCCGGGUGGGUUUCCAGCAGAAGGCAUGCAACAGCCAGUAUUUCCUCAGCUCCCAAAUAUGGAUCCUUUCCAGCAGCGGAUGAUGGGAAUACAGCAGGAUCCAAUGCGUCACCAGGUCCCACUUCCUCCUAAUGGGCAAAUGCCAGGUUUUGGUCUCCUGCCUACCCCCCAGUUCCCACCCAUGGCUCAGCCUGUGAUUCCACCAGCAGCACCUGUGCAGCCAACUUUCCAGUCUCCUUUUCCAGUCCAGACUGAGUCACACAUGCAGAAACCCCAUCAGCAGGAUAUGGAAGUGGAGCAGCCACCUGUUCAGGAGGGCAAACGGCAUGUUUCUGACAGCAGGAAGUCGAGAUCUAGAUCUGCAUCAAGGUCCCCUAAGAGGAAACGCUCCAGGUCUGGCUCCCGGUCCCGGCGUUCCCGUCACCGGCGCUCCCGGUCGCGCUCCCGGGACCGGCGCCGACACUCCCCAAAGUCACGCUCCCAGGAAAGGCGGGAACGGGAGCGGGAGAGGGAGCGCAGGUCCAAGGGCCUCCCCCAGAUCAAGUCAGAAACUGUCAGUGUUUGUAGUACCACACUUUGGGUAGGACAGCUCGACAAGAGGACAACUCAGCAGGAUGUUGGAAGUCUUUUGGAAGAGUUUGGCCCCAUUGAGUCGAUCAAUAUGAUCCCCCCCAGAGGAUGUGCCUACAUUGUCAUGGUGCACAGACAAGAUGCCAACAGAGCCCUCCAGAAACUGAGCCGAGGGAACUUCAAAGUCAACCAGAAAUCCAUCAAGAUUGCAUGGGCUCUGAAUAAAGGAAUAAAGCCAGACUACAAGCAGUACUGGGAUGUGGAAUUAGGUGUGACUUAUAUACCGUGGGACAAAGUCAAACCUGAAGAUCUUGAAAGCUUCUGUGAAGGGGGAAUGCUGGACAAUGAAACUCUUAGUCCAGAGUGGAAGGGAAUCCCCAAGAAGUCUGAAAAUGAAGUAGCUCAGAACGGAGGCGCAGAAGCUGCACACAAUGAACCAGUGUCACCUAUACCCAAAGCUUUACCUGUCCCCAUCCCUGUCCCCAUGCCUGCACCAAUAACAGUACCUCCUCCACAGGUUCCACCACAUCCCUCGGGGCCUCCUGUGGUUGGUGCACUCCAACCACCUGCUUUCACAGCCCCUUUAGGAAUCCCCCCUCCUGGAUUUGCUCCCGGGGUGCCGCCCCCGCCACCGCCCCCGUUCUUACGGCCUGGAUUCAACCCUCUGCAUUUACCCCCAGGCUUCCUUCCUCCUGGGCCGCCACCACCGAUAACCCCUCCGGUGUCUGUCCCGCACACUCCGGCAGUGAACAUCCCAAACUCUACAGCAACGGGUGGGAGUGAGGACACUACAAAGGAGUCAUCUGUAGGAAAUCCCAUCCCAGUAGUUUCUGGAGGCAGAGGGAAUGCUGAAACCACCGAUAGUUCCAAAAUCUAUGGGACUGUUCCACCUCCUGUAGCACCUACUAAUGUCCCUGCUCCUGUCACCCAGGCUGUCCCACUCCUUGGCACCCAGGGCGUGGCACCGCCCCCUCCAGCCCCCGUGGUCGGGCUCCAGACUCCAUCCACUGGGCUCCUGGGCGCCCGGCCCGGGCUGAUCCCGCUCCAGCGGCCGCCGGGAAUGCCGCCCCCGCCACUGCCGCGCUUCCCGCUGAUGCCACCGCGCCACAUGCCCCCCCACAUGAUGCACAGGGGGCCUCCGCCGGGGCCGGGGGGCUUUGGGAUGCCUCCCCCCCACGGAAUGAAAACCCCCUUCCCCCCGCCGGGGCACUUUGUGAGGCCCGGGGGGGUCCCGGGCAGCGGGGGCCCGGGCGGACCCGAGGAGAACAGGGACGGGCGCCAGUUCAGGAAUGACAGGCAGACGUUCACCCCCAACAGAGACCAGGAGAGGUUCGGAAGGAGGUCGUUUGGGAACCGGGUAGAUAACGAGCGCGAGCGCUACGGGAACCGUGGGGACGACCGGGAGCACGAGCGCCUCGGGAACCGCGAGCGGCGCGACUGGGGCCGGCGCAGCCCCGAGCGAGACAGGCACAGGGACUCGGAGGACAGGAACAGGCGCUCCAGCGGCCACCGAGACAGGGAGAGGGAUUCCAGAGACCGGGAGUCGCGCAGAGACAAGGAAGAAGGCCGCGGCAAGGAAAAGCCGGAGGUGACAGACAGGGCGGAGGGCGACAAAAACCACGAGUCCCACGGCGGCAAAGCGGCCGACGCAGACAUUGUUUCAGAACUCGCGGCGGGAGAGUCCGAACCUGCGGGUGCGAAACCUGCGGAAGAGUCGGCACCCGAGGCUACCUCAUCCCUGGAACAGGCGGACAAGGACACGGGCUCCGUGGCGGAGGCUCCGCGCUGAGCCCGGGCCCUGCCGAGCCUGGGUCGGAGUGUCGAGCUUUAGUUGUACAGUGCUGUAAAUCCGCUGCCGCCCCCGGCCCUGCCCAGCGCAGGGGCCCCGCCAGCAAUUUGAUUGCUUCCCCUCCUAUUUAAAAAUAGCCACAGCAUAACAUAAAUACUGAAGAGAUGAUUAAAUAUUACCCGUUUUUGCUGUAACUUUUUUAAAGUUUUGACUUUAAAAAGUUUACGAAUCAGAAGUAGAAGUGCUUUCUAUUUUGUUUUUAAUUUAAGAAAAAGGUAACGGUGAAAGCUCCUCAAAAACAAUAGGGAUGUGUUUUUAAUAAACUCUAUUUUCGUAACAAA